UGAGCUAGGGAGUACUCCUGAUCUCAGAGCCCACUCUGAUGCUGGAGCCAACUGCCUUUGCUGUUAACAUAUCCCGUUACAGUGUUAAUUAAUUACCAUUCUCACGGCUCUCAGUAUGGACUCAGAAGUAAUAGAGGCUAGGAACAACUUUCAACAGCUGGUAUGAAUGUGUACACCCUGCUUUGGAGGGUAAGGAAGCUUGAAAUGGUCAUGGUCAGAUUCCAGUUAUGUCCUGGCACUAUUCCAUUUACAAGAUAGAUGCACCAGCAUUAUCCCUUCUCUCCAGUGCCCUAAAGAACUGGUCUAAAACAUCACAGUAUGCUCAGAUCCCUGAGGUGUACAAGCUAAGUAGCAAAGCUAGGGCUGCUGCCAUAGCAAGUACCUGCUGCUCAGUCUGACUGUGUCAGAAGACAACCAGAAAAUCUAAAAACCAUAGGCUCAAUUUUAUGUGAGGGGUCAGAGGCACAGAAGAAGGGCUAGAAAUGUGUGUAUUUUUUUCUGUUGAAGUUUGUUAUUUGUGGCAAGUAAUUCACCUGAUUUUUUUUUCCCACAUAGUAUCCGUUACUCGGUAAAAUAUUUAUGUUCCAGAAAUGCCAGGUUUAGAAAUUCUCAUGUCCAAAGGACUCACAUCUUAGGUUUCAGUGUGAAAACAGUUCAUGCAUGGAACAUGAACAAGUUAGUGCAAGAAGUGAUAAUGCUUUAAUACUACUUUAUGUUAUCUUUGUUUGUCAUGUUGGGAGCUGGAAUAGAAAGAACUUUCACUGAUAUCCUUUGUGCCUUAUCUCUUCUGAAAGGUCUUUGAGGGUGAAAGGUGAGCAGCAGAAAGGCUCAAUAUUGUGUAAUGCUCACAAACCUUGAUUAUAGGAUAGUAGUAUCAGUAGGAUACUCUGUAUACUGUUUUACAGGUUUUUUUAUGCCCUCAGCAGCAGGCAGCAGGUGGGGCAGGCUUACAUUUGGCCUCAGAAACCUUUUUCUCUCAAAAAAAUAAAACACUGUAGUCACGUUGAGAGGUCUUCAGUCUGCUUUGUUCCCCACAGAGCCAUGGAUCCCCCCUGUUCCCAGAGUACAAGGAUUUGCUGUGGGCAGGCCAGUUGGCACUAGUCAGAUUUUGGAUUCCAGAUACAGGAAAGCAACAUUCAGCAGACAAGAGAUCUUCUUCCAUUUAGGCUAUCAUUUAUCCCAUAGGCUAAAGGAGAACCAUCACUCACAGUGGUUUUGUGUUCCUCUUUCAGAAGCUGAGGAAAGCAGAGGGGUGAACAGAACUUACUUGUGUGUCUACUGUAUGAUGCAUCUUUUUAUUCCUUCACACAGAUUCCUGUCCUGGAAAUAGGCACAACCUAACUCAGGAAAUUAAGUGUAUGCAUAAGUUUUUGCAGGAUGAGGUCAAAGUAAGCCCUAGAACAAGCAAGGAAUUCAAGUUCAAGUUUAGCUCAGUGAUCAACAGUAAUCCACAUCAAAAGUCAGCCCAUGGGAGUUCAGCGCAGUUAUUUCCAAUCAAAAAGAUGGUCAACUAUGCACUCUGGAUAGCAGACUUUUAUUGCUGUGGAAUUUGUGGAAACAAGGUAAUUUGUGGAAACAAUCUGUGGAAACAAGGUAAGAGUUGGCAUGUUUUUAUCCCCAAGACGAAGAACGGGGAUAGGAGUAAAGCAGACGCGCACAACCCGCGCCCUAACCCUCAUUCCCGCCCUCUCGCCGCGCCGCCAUUUCGGCGGGAACGCCCCCUUUCGGCGGGCAGCGCUACGCAGGCGCUAGGCUUCGGUGGCGGCUCUGCGCAUGCGUUAGGUUCUGCGUAUGCUCGGAGCCCGCUUGGGCUCUCGUUCCGCUCCGUACGUUUCGUAGCAACCGAACGCAGUGCAUUAUAGGGGUCCGCGUCCUCACCCGGUCACGUGGGCGGCGUUGCCGGGCCGGGCGGCCUGCGCAGCGCUUGGAGCUGGGGGAGCGGGGCGGUCGCCGGCAGUUCGCGGUGACGCUCUGAGCCCCCGCGGCGGGGCCGAGGAGCGCCGCCGAAAGGAGCGGCUCUGCCCUGGGAUAAGCGGCACGGCGGGCGGACCCCAGGCCGAAUGAUGCAGAACGUGCACCUAGCUCCUGAAGAAGACGAGGAUGAUCUUUACUCUGGCUACAAUGAUUAUAAUCCCACUUUUGACACAGAGGAUUUAGAAAAUGAUACAGCUUUCCUACAGGCAGCAAGAACAAGUCAUGGUAGAAGACCCCCUGUGACAGCCAAAAUUCCUGGUACAGCAACUUCAAGACCUAUAGAUACUGCCUUUGGGUCAAAGGCGACUUUAACUUCAUCUAUGGGAAGACCAGUGACAGGAACAGUGCAGGAUGGGGUUGCUCGACCAAUGACAGCAGUGCAAGCUGCAGGUUACACAAAGGCAGCUAUGAGAGGUUCUUUAUUUGAUCCUCUUGGCCAAGCAAGAGGUCCUGCUCCACCUCUGGAAACGAAAAAUCCAGACAGCUCAGAAGAGAAGAUUAGGCAGUUAGAAAAAAAAGUGAAUGAACUGGUUGAAGAAAGUUGCAUUGCCAACAGCUGUGGAGACUUGAAAUUGGCUCUGGAAAAAGCAAAAGAAGCUGGAAGAAAGGAAAGAGUAUUAGUGAGGCAACGUGAACAAACUGCUACUUCAGAAAGCAUCAACUUAGAUCUCACUUACUCAGUUCUUUUCAAUCUGGCCAGUCAGUACGCUGCUAAUGAAAUGUAUGCUGAAGCACUGAACACUUACCAAGUUAUAGUGAAGAAUAAGAUGUUCAACAAUGGAGGUAGACUGAAGGUCAAUAUGGGAAAUAUAUAUUUAAAACAACGGAACUAUUCCAAAGCUAUCAAAUUCUACCGCAUGGCUCUAGACCAGAUUCCUAGUGUCCACAAAGAGAUGAGGAUUAAAAUAAUGCAAAAUAUUGGAGUUGCAUUUAUUAAAACUGGCCAGUACAUGGAUGCCAUUUCUUCAUUUGAACAUAUAAUGAGCUUGUCCCCAAACCUGAAGGCAGGCUUCAACCUGAUCGUAUGUUACUUUGCUAUUGGAGACAGUGAACAAAUGAAAAAAGCAUUCCAAAAACUGAUUGCAGUUCCCUUGGAGAUGGAUUAUGAUGACAAAUACAUUUCAUCAAAUGAUGAUCCACAUACAAAUCUACUGAUUGAAGCCAUCAAAAACGACAGUUUAAGACAAAUAGAACGUGAGAGGAAGUCCAUGGCAGAGGAUUAUAUCAUGACAGCUGCUAAACUGAUAGCACCAGUAAUUGAGACAUCUUUUGCUGUGGGCUAUGACUGGUGUGUUGAAGCAGUAAAAGCUUCCCACUAUGUAGAGUUAGCCAAUGACCUGGAGAUAAAUAAAGCCACUACUUAUUUGAGACAACGGGAUUUUAACCAGGCACUGGAGACUUUAAAAAUGUUUGAAAAAAAGGAUAGCAGAGUGAAGAGUGCAGCUGCAACAAACCUUUCAUUCCUUUAUUAUUUGGAGAAUGAAUUGGCUCAAGCAACAAACUAUGCAGAUUUAGCUGUCAGUUCUGAUAGGUACAACCCAGCAGCACUAACUAACAAAGGAAAUACUGUUUUUGCAAAUGAAGACUACGAAAAAGCAGCUGAAUUUUAUAAAGAGGCUCUCAGGAAUGAUUGCUCUUGCACUGAAGCACUUUAUAACCUUGGUUUAACAUACAAGAAGUUAAACAGAAUAGAUGAAGCUUUGGAUUGUUUCCUGAAACUCCAUGCAAUACUUGGAAAUAGUGCCCAGGUCCUUCACCAAAUAGCAGACAUCUAUGAAAUCAUGGAAGAUCCCAAUCAAGCCAUAGAGUGGCUCAUGCAGUUGAUCAGUGUAGUACCAACUGACCCACAUGUACUUUCAAAACUAGGGAAAUUAUAUGACAAUGAAGGUGAUAAAUCCCAAGCCUUUCAUUAUUACUAUGAGUCGUACCGUUAUUUCCCUUCAAACAUUGAGGUCAUUGAAUGGCUUGGAGCCUAUUGCAUUGACACCCAGUUUUGUGAAAAAGCCAUUGAGUACUUUGAGAGAGCAGCACUUAUCCUACCUACACAAGUGAAGUGGCAGCUGAUGGUUGCCAGUUGCUAUCGGAGAAGCGGUAACUACCAGAAAGCUCUAGAGAAAUACAAAGUCAUUCACCAAAAAUUCCCAGAGAAUGUUGAAUGCCUCCGAUUUUUAGUUCGUCUCUGCACAGAUAUGGGACUGAAAGAAGUCCAGGAAUAUAUGACAAAACUCAAGAAAGUGGAAAAAUUAAAGGAGAUAAGAGAGCAGCGCAUUAAAUCUGGCAGAGAUGGCAGUGCACGUAACCGCAGGGAAGGAAGUGCUGGUGGAGAUGCUGGUGGUAGCAAAGGGGAAAGACUGAGUGCCAAACUAAAAGCUUUGCCUGGAACAAACGAGCCCUAUGAAAGCAGCAGCAGUAAAGAAAUAGAUGCUUCCUACAUAGACCCACUUGGCCCACAAGCAGAAAGACCUAAAACUGCAGCAAGGAAAAGAACUGAGGAAGAUGACUUUGCUGAUGAAGAACUGGGAGAAGAUUUGCUUCCAGAAUGAUGUGGGAUCCACUCAAAAUCUCUUUUCCUUCUAAACUUUUUAGCAAAACAAUGCUUCUUCAAGAUGGUUUUGUACCAGAUUUUAAAGAAAUAAUUGUUGAAACACUUUGUGUUUAUGGGACCGUAUAUUAAACAUUUUGGAGUUGAAGCUACAGUGUGUUUUACAAUUGGUGAAAAAUAAAAUAAGUUAUGAUAGGGUUAUUUUACUCCUGCAUUAAAACUGCAAAAAGCAGGGGAAGGGUGGAUGGGCACUGUGAGGAGACAAGGUGUAGGAGGGGGGGCCUACCAUCCUCUCGCCUCACCUGUGAACCUUUGAACACAGGUGGUGGAGGAGGGCUCUUUUGUCUUCUAGGCCAGGACAAGGACAUGGCUCCUGCAGCCAUCGAUAGGUGAGGAGAGCUCCGCACCACCAGCCCUCGCUGUUCUGUGGGACAGUCUCCAAGUUCUGUUUCCCAGUAAACCUUGGAUUCAUUAAUCCAUCGGUUGGUUCCUCUCCUUUGUGCAGUCCCUCUUUCCUAUGAUAUUUAAGCAUCUUUACAUGUGUGUGCCUGCGUGUGGGGUGUGUGCCUGCAGACGUGGACGAAGCGUACCUAUGAUAGGUGCAAAUCAAACCUGUGCUUAUUUAACACCCUGCGUAUCCAGGAAUCUCUAAACUGACACACAAUGAGCUCUGAGGUCACGGAGCCCCAUGAAGGUGCGUGAGCCAACCGCCACGUUCUCAGGGCAGCGCCACGAGGCGGGAGGCCGGGGCAGCCCGUGCUCAGCUGCUGCCAGGAGCACCGCGGGACGGUUUUCAUCCGAGGCCGUCGAGGGGUAAAGCACGUCAGCGUCUCAGCCGUUUUCUCUGAGGAAACGUCAGUUAUCCUUUGGGAUUGAUCCACGCCGAUUCAAGCGCGCCUCACAAUAAAGCUGUGUUUCACGA